GCAUCACAGUGCAACACUGCGCAUGCCCAGUAUCGCGCCUGAGAGCGCGGCGUCUCUGAAGGCUGCAGUGAUAUAUAUAUAUCCUGCUUGUUUGUUUUGCCGUCAGUUACAUUACGUUCUUUUUUUAGAUUGAAGGGUGUGUUCAAUUAAGCACAGUGAGAUUCUUUCUUCACAUACCCCGUCCUUGGAGGUUGGGGUCAGAGCGUAGGGUCAACCAUGAUUCAGCGCCCCUGGAGCAGGAUGGAAAAUGAAGAUAGGACAUUGGUGAAGAGCCAGGACUCGGAAGAGAAAAGUGUUGGCCGCACAACUCUGUUAGACAGUGGGGAAGAUUUUGAGAUGCUAGAAGAAGUUGACGAUGGAGUGGAUGAUGAUCUCCCCCCUUUAGAUGAUGUAGGUGGUGGAAAGAAAGAAAGCCAUCAGGCUAGUAAAGAAUGCACAGAGCCCGAUCGGUCUCCACCCCAAGAGGAAUGGCUGGAUGUUUUAGGAAAUGAGCAGCUGAGAAAGAAAGUUUUAGAAGCUGGUUCUGGUCCUGACAGCAAACCUCGGAGGGGCCAAAAUGUCACCAUUAUUCUCAAGACCACUCUGACUGACGGAACUACAGUAGAGGAUGAGUGCAACAUCUCUUUCACACUUGGCGAUGGUGAUGUCAUUCAGGCUUUGGAUCUCACUGUGCAGUUAAUGGAGAUGGGUGAAAAGGCUUUGAUUGAAGCCGGGGCCAAAUACGCAUAUGGUGCACUGGGGAGCAGUUCCACUCCUGUUGUGCCCCCUAAUGCUGAUUUGACUCUGGAGGUGCAUCUCCUGUCUGCUGUUGAUGCUCCUGACCUGGAACUUCUUCCUCCCUCUGAGAGGAUCAGUCUGGCAAGUAAGAAACGAGAGCGGGGCAACUUUCACUACCAGCGUGGUGACUACGCUUUUGCUGUUAACUCCUAUGGGAUUGCCUUGCAGAUAACAGAAGCAAGUUCGAAAGUGGACAUCAGCCCUCAGGAGGAAGAAGAGCUACUGGAUGUAAAGCUGAAAUGCCUAAACAACAUGGCUGCCUCUCAGCUCAAGCUGGAACACUAUGAAGCUGCACUGCGCUCCUGUGUCUCUGUUUUAGCUUACCAGCCAGACAAUAUCAAAGCUUUGUUUCGUCAAGGCAAGGUUCUGGCACUACAAGGGGAAUAUGCUGAUGCAAUUAAAAGUUUAAAAAGAGCUUUAAAGUCUGAUCCAAGUAACAAGACUAUCCACGCAGAGCUGUCCAAGCUGGUGAAGAAACACUCGGAACAGAAGGGUGCUGAGCAGGCUAUGUACAAGAAGAUGCUUGGAAACCCACCCGACAUCAGCACUGUACAGAAGACCCAGGCCAAAUCCUCAUGGAGUAUAAGCUGGAAGUGGUUGUUUGGUGCUACUGCAGUUGCUAUUGGAGGUGUAGCCUUGUCAGUGGUCAUCGCUGCUAGAAAUUAAAGAUUUCAGGAUGCUAGCUUUAGCUUGAUUUUAGCUACAUGAUUCUCCAUUUAUAGUGCUUUCUGUUUUCUGUCAGAGAAUAUAACUUAUUAAUGCUUUAACAAAGGUUCUUUAAAUGCAUGAAAGGUGAUCUGAGAAAAUGUGUGAAGUGAUAAAUUAUUACAUCUGUAAAAUGAGUAAACUUGCCAUUUUGUUGUGAAAAUUAACUAGGUUAUAUAAAAUCUUAGUAAUGUUUAGAGCCUCCAGUGCAAAAUGUUUUCUAUAUCUAAUCACCUCCUUGGCCACUUAUGUUAUGUUAUGUUUCUGAAUCAGCAAGACUGUUUCUCGAGUAGCCAACAUGUAUGCUGCUAGCUUGUUUUCCUACAUGGCGAAAUUCGAAGCAAUUGCAUGGCCAAGGAUAGAGAGCGAUAUUUGCUUGUUGCAGUUCUUUCUCCGGUGUUUAACAAACCUGUCCAGUGAAGACCCUUUUUUUUUUUUUUUUUUUUUUGGUCUCCAUUGCAUUCAGGAGGGUGUACCUCACCUUUUAAUCUCUCUGACCAAACACUGUAAAGAUUUUACAAAAAGACCAAAUUAAUUGAGUUUGAUUUAUUUUAUUUCUAAAUAUGUAAAUGGUAUUUAUUUUAAAUAUUCACUUAAUAUGUUUAAUUUUCUGAUGAAUGAUUGUGUAAAUGGUUUGGUUACUCAUUUGGUAUUGAAAGUAACAACAUUCCUGAUAUUUCUUUAAUUUGUUGAAAUACAUUUUGCACACUCAGUUCACACACCUGUGGUAUUCCAUGAGACGAAGUGGCUAGUUAACGUUUAAUUAAAACUCUUCCAAUCACCUAAAGGUGUCUUGGUGAAAUUCUGUAAUAAAGUUUUCCAUGACUUCACAUUUGUCCCUGCCCUUCAUUAACCUGAGGUAUUGUAGUGUAACCCAUGACUGUUUCCAUUCCUUACACAGUUCCUCAAAUGUUCUUAUAAAGCUCUGAAUAGUUCUCCUUUUGUCAUCACUCGUGGGUAAUGAUCACAUUUGUCUGUGACCUUUUCAUGGAAAUAAGCAUGUAAAAAGCCAAUCAAAAUUGCAUGGUUUAGAGCUGUGCUUUUCACAGUGAGGUCCAGGGGGAUGUGAUGUAUAUGCAGCAGGACCCUAAAGUUAAAUGUUUUCAUCCAAAGAUCCCUGGAACUGUUAAGUUAAUUCCAUAUGCCCAGACACUACAGAUUUAUUUCAUGAGUGUGGACAGAUGACUCCAAAUUGGACUUUUCUGUGAUCCCAAGCCUUGCUGUUUUUUGUUUUUCCUGAUGAUUUCAUGUCACUACUGUAAAUAAAUAUUCAAUAAAUGUUUUGCCAUAUUUCCGUGUUU